AUGUCUCGUUUGCUAUUUAUUUUUUGUUUCACGUAUAUUUGUAAAAGUGUUACUUGCUCACUUGACGUGACCCUGUUAAAUAACGGCCCAGCAGUCAGGGGGUCAAAAAUUACAUUUACUGCAAAUGUUAUAGGAUAUGCUGGCGAAAGUCUCAAAUAUGUCUUUUGGGAUGAUGUGCAACCGCAACAUGAGAGUGAGUAUGUACUAUCUACCAAUGAGUCAAAAUGGACAGUGGAAUAUCCUAAAGAAUUGUAUGAAGCAGGAGAAUACACUGCAAAAGUGAGACUGAUGAAAAGUUUCUAUGGGAUAUGGUAUUAUGUAGCAUCAUCAAGUACUAUCUUCAAACUGACAGAUUCAUUAAAUGGAAACUUAGUGCUAAAUCAGAAUAAUCUUGAUAGGCCCAAUCAUUUUGUAGCAGAAACAAUAAGUGUAAGAGAGCAAAUAUCAACUGUUAACAUCACUGGCCUCAAUUGGCUGCAACAUGGAGAUCUUCUCAACUUGCAAGUGAAGUAUACUGGUUCACCUCCGUUUGAAUAUUGUGCCUUAUAUAAAGAAGGACAAUAUAAUAUCACAGGCAAUGAGACUUGCAAUUACAAGACAAGAACUGUCACCAAUGCCUUCCCUUUGGUCCACUACUUUUCAGAUAGUGACCAGCACACAGUUGUUGUUGUUGUAGAAAAUGAUGUUGGCAAAACAGUUUCAAGAGCUACCAUCAAUAUAUACAAAGCCGUUGUCCACGCCCAGCUAUCUGUGAUUGUGGUUCCAGUGGCAUUCUGCCUAGUUGCAGUCAUCUUAGUAGUGUUUGGUAUAGCUUAUUAUCAGCACAGGUCAAGAUAUACGAUAGAGGUCGCUGAUUUCGAUUUCGGCCAACAGGCCCACUUAGACUACAAGACGUUCGCGGAGCGGCUCAGGGAUAGUUUUAGAAAUGCAUUCGACUUUAGGCAGAGGGGCGACAACGAUCCUCUCACUACCGACACUAGGUACGAUUCCAUGUCA